AGUUUCAGUUGGAUACCCAAUAGAGCAUCCAGGAUGAAGCUCUUCAGGAAAAAAUAAAAUUGGCCUCUACUGAAUCCAAUUGGAAAUGGAUGCCUGGGUAUCAGUUGGCCGUGACAUUGAUAGAGUUGUGGGAAAGUUUCAUAGCUCCCAACUGCAUACUUCAAGAGUAUGUGAAGAUUUGAGUGCAGAACUGUCAAGAUUAGAGGCUGAAUUGGAUUCAAAUCCAGAUGCUGAAAUAUCCACCACUCAGAGGCUCAUGCUCAGCCAGACUGUUGCAAAAGUGAAAGACACCAUUCAGAAGAUUGCAACUGAGCAUCGUGAACUUCACAGUUCUGUGUCAAAAGUUGGGAAGGCCAUAGACAGGAACUUUAUUGCUGAUUAUGCUGGAGCAACAAGUGAAGCAGCCCUUAGUGGCCCAGACAAGGAGCGCUUGUUGAAUCAAGUCAUAUGUCAGCAUUUUUUCAGGCAGGGGAUGUUGGAUAUUGGUGAAGAAUUAGCCAAAGAAGCAGGCUUGAACAUGCAACUAGACCGCAAAGAGCCCUUUUUGGAGCUCAAUCAAAUUAUAGAAGCCUUAAAACACAAGAACCUCGAGCCAGCCUUGGAAUGGGCUCGAAGGCACCGAGAAAAACUGCAAGAGAAGGCAAGUAGACUGGAAUUCAAGUUGCACAAGUUAAAAUUCUUGGAGAUCCUGAAUAGUGGAGCAGGAUCACAGCUGGCUGCUGUGAAAUAUGCUCGAGAGAACUUCCCUCCAUUUGCUCAGCAGCAUGAGAAAGAGAUACAAGUGCUGAUGGGAGCAAUGUUAUACCCCCUUGGAAGUGAGAAGUCUCAGGGACCCUAUGGAUGGUUGUCAGAUUCUACCCUGUGGGGAGAAAUUGGUGAACUUUUUACCAAAGAUGCUUGUGCUCUACUUGGACUCAGCGUGAACAGUCACCUGUCUGUUGUAGUGAAUGCUGGUUGCAGAGCCCUACCUGCUCUCCUUAACAUCAAGCAGGUCAUGCAGCAGAGAUUAGUUACAGGAGUAUGGGCUUCCAGAGAAGAAUUACCAAUAGAGAUUGACCUGGGAAAGGAGUGCAGGUAUCAUUCUUUGUUUGCUUGCCCAAUUCUGAGGCAGCAGACUUCAGAUUCCAAUCCUCCCAUGCGCCUCACCUGUGGCCACUGCAUUUCUAGAGAUGCUCUACACAAACUGAGCAAUGGCAAUAAAUUGAAAUGUCCCUACUGUCCUAUGGAGCAGAAUCCCUCUGAUGCCCGGCGGAUCUUUUUCUGAAAAAAGUUCAUGAAAAGCAUCACAAUUGAAGGCUCUCCAUAGCCUUUCAUGCCUUAUUGGACUCCUUUCCAAUGGCACAUCCCAUCUUCUAGACAAAAAGUGCCACUUUGGCACCCCAUACAAUUGCACUCCCAAGUACUUAGUGCAAUUGCACCAGCAGGGUAAAAAGUGAAUCUUGCAGUGCUUUUCUGGAGAGAUCUUUUUAUUAUGGAACUAAGUCAUAUAAAUUUUGCUGAAUGAAGGUUUGUCACUC